ACCUAAAGCGCUAAACCGCGGGAUGAAACAACCAAAGUGCGUCUCAGAACAUUCACAACUCGUAUAACCUUUUGAAGAUCCGUUAAACUUGUGAUAUUAGUUUGCUGCAACCCUAAACGCCUGAAAACUGCUCCAGACAGCCAUGCAGCGCAUCCAAAAUCCGGCCAAAGUGGCCUUACGGCAGCAAAUCAAGCAGAAAUUGCAAACCCUUACGCUCGAGGAUCGUCAGCGUCAAUCCGGCAUCAUCAUCGAAAAGGUUAUGGCACUUCCAUUCUACGGACGCUGUCAAAGGAUAAGCAUCUACCUCAGCACCGACACCGAGGUCAACACGAAACCUUUGCUAGAGAGCAUGUUCCAACAACGGAAGCAGGUGUUCGUACCGACGUACAACCGGAGCGCCAUGAAGAUGGUGCGAAUCAACGAUAUGGAGGAUUACGAACGGCUGCCGACGACUGCGUGGAAUAUCAAACAGCCCCCGUUCGACGAUGUAACCCGCGAGGAUGGGCUCGCAACAGGACUAGAUCUAAUAAUCCUCCCUGGAGUGGCUUUCACGAGUGUGGGCGGACGUCUGGGUCACGGUGGAGGAUAUUAUGAUCGAUUUUUGAGUGAGUACUUUGGUAAAUUUCCCAACACACCGCAACGCACCACACACCUGGUUGGGGUUGGAUUCCGCGAACAGAUUGUUACUGGUGAAGAACUACCCUCUGACGAGCACGAUGUUCCAAUUGAUUGCGUUGUAACGGCUGAAUGAGUCCGCUUUGGCUGUUUGCCAUCCACUGGAGGCCCUAGAAAGUGAAGGAAUGUGAAUCCUUUCGGAAAAUUUAUCGCCAUCACACGCGGGAAAGUAGCCUAUUAUAGGGCAGGGUCGGCAAAUGAAGGUUGAGAUGGAAAGGAAAA